CGCAUCGUCUGCUAGCUGCAGUCGUCGCACCAGCUCGGGCCCACCAGAACCCUUCCACUCGCCCGGACAAAUAAUUCCCUCAAAAUUUGUCCAUUUCUGGAGCAGAAUUUUCCCAAUUCUUUCUCCGAGGGUCGAAGGAGUUUUGCUGGGGACUGGUUUCAAGCAGACGCCGAGCUUUUUCCAUGUUGUGGAGAGUUUUGUGACGGUUACAUGUAGGCCGAGUGAGAAAUUUCUCAGGUGGACGUUUGGGGGAAUUUUGGCGUGCAGAACGGCAAAUGAGGGCAUGAGGCUGGACGUUUUUGCAGCACUAGGCCGCACUUUAGGCGGCCAAAACUCUGCACCUAGGACCCUCACAUCAACAAUGUGGAGAUGGGGAGUCGUCGCAGUUCUACUUCUAGCAUUUGUUGGAUCAAGUAUAGCACAGAAAGCCGACUGUGGAGCAACAUGUAAAGCCUGCAACUGUAAGGGUAGACAAGGACAGAGGGGAACUCCCGGACAAAUAGGACCGGAAGGAGACAGGGGAGCUAGAGGGAUCCUAGGUUAUCAGGGUGUUCAAGGGCCCAAAGGUGAUAUAGGUGAUCCUGGGGCAGCAGGGCCUAGAGGUCAGAAGGGUGACCGGGGAAUGACGGGCGUACCGGGGUUUCCAGGUUUAAACGGCUACACAGGUCUGCCUGGACCCAAAGGUCCGUACGGGAACCCGGGUGUCGCAGGAUGCAAUGGCCCUAAGGGAGAAGAUGGAAUUCCAGGAAUUGGUGGCUACGGACCUAGAGGUCCACCGGGUUUCAACGGUCCCAAAGGAAGCAAGGGUGAGCCAGCCCCUUACACCCCGGCCAUACAAGGCAGGCGGGGUGACCCUGGGUUUGACGGGCCAGAUGGUAACCCGGGGCAACAAGGCCGCAAUGGAUACCCAGGCCAGCAGGGUGAUCGUGGUUUUAAGGGUUUCCAGGGUUCACGUGGUUUUGAUGGAUACCAAGGUCCCCCUGGAGCAAACUCACCAGGUUAUAAGGGUCCUAAAGGAGAACCAGGUGCACAAGGCCCCAAGGGAAGAUCAGCUUCUCCGUUCAGUAAUCCACCGAACAUCAAAGGUUCCCCCGGAACCAAAGGCGACAGAGGUGAAACAGGAGCAAAGGGUGAUGUUGGCAUGUUUGGCAUGCAGGGUCCAAAGGGAGACCCUGGGCCCAAGGGCGGGAAAGGUUUCCUUGGCAUGAAAGGAGAAAAGGGAGUCCUGGGCAUAGCUGGGCCAAGGGGGCCUGUUGGAUAUACAGGUCUGCCUGGGGCCCCAGGAUUCAUUGGCGACCGAGGAUUUGAUGGCACUAGGGGUCAGGACGGAGUACCGGGAUACCAGGGAUUCCGUGGAGACGUUGGAGACGAUGGACCAAUCGGAUUCAAGGGAGAUGCAGGAAUUCCAGGGGAAAUCGGUGACGGACCAGUAGGACCCCCAGGUCCCGACGGAGACCCAGGCCUACAGGGUCAUCCCGGAGCCCGCGGCGCCGUGGGUGAUCCGGGAGAGGAAGGCUUGCCCGGAAGACUUGGUGAGAUAGGUGGCCCAGGACCGGUAGGACGGCCGGGACUCAGCCGCGAUGGCCAGCAGGGAGAUCGAGGCGUGGGAGGAAUCCCAGGGAAACAAGGCUUCCAAGGCAGCCCCGGAGAGCAAGGACAAAAGGGUCAACCGGGAGACAAGGGUGCUCCGGGAUUCCCCAGGGCGGGCCCGGUCGGCAUGGACGGAGCGUUUGGUCGAGUAGGAGAACGAGGGCGUAAGGGCGUCGUCGGAGCUCAAGGCCGACCGGGUCCGCCGGGGCUCACGCCUCUUGGAGAGGAGAUCGUGGGUCCAAUCGGUGAAACGGGACCCAGAGGCCCUAAGGGCGUAGUGGGUGCUAGUGGCCCUCAGGGUCCAUCUGGAGGCAAAGGAUUCCCAGGUCGCCCGGCGGGGCCCUGCCCACGGUGCCCCCAGGGUCUCAAGGGGCAACCCGGUGACAUUGGAUUCCCCGGUACGGACGGACGGUUUGGGCCAGAUGGUGAACGAGGCCCUACCGGAGAAAAAGGUGCCAAUGGUGAACCAGGCUACUUAGGAAGGCAGGGACAACCAGGAUUCCCGGGAUUGAGGGGACCAAGAGGAUUAAAGGGAGACACGGGCGACAGAGGCACACCAGGCCGUUCUAUACCCGUCAGAGGUUAUAAAGGCGAGAGGGGUGAGCAGGGACUGAAAGGACAGAUCGGAGAGCCCGGAACUCAAGGAAUACAGAGCCCAUUUGAUCUGAACCAGUUCCGGAACAUGACACAGAAGGGUGAAAUGGGAGAGAAAGGCCGUAAAGGAGGCCGCGGAACCGACGGUGCCCCCGGACCUGCCGGUGAAGACGGCGUCGACGGGGAGAGACUUGACGGGCCAAGGGGUCCUAAAGGUGUCAUGGGUGAAGACGGUCGCUUUGGAUUCCUGGGUCCUAAGGGACAAAAGGGAGAACCCGCGGAGAGAGUAGAUAUCGAAGAACCCAUCCCAGGCCCUCGGGGUGAACCAGGACCACAGGGUGCAAAGGGAGGGAGAGGCCCUGCCGGUUUCCAGGGACAGAUUGGUUUCCCAGGCCCCUUCGGUGAUAUGGGCAUCAGAGGAACGAAGGGUGGCUCCGGCUUCCCUGGUGUUCCGUCAUUUCCCGGACCAAAAGGCUUCCCCGGACCGCGUGGCGACAAGGGUUUAGUGGGGAUCCAGGGCGAGAUUGGACGGCAGGGCAGGCAGGGCGAACCUGGUAAUCCGGGCUUCCCCGGACGGGACGGCAUGCGAGGGGACCGCGGGGAAGACGGACAGUCGGGCUCCGUCGGACCGACGGGCUUCCCUGGCGACGAAGGGCCCCAGGGUAUCAAGGGAACGAACGGAUUCAACGGCCUGCCAGGCCAGUCCGGUUUUCCAGGAUUCCAAGGUAUGAAUGGUGAGCGAGGGGACCCAGGUCCCUUUGGACCUCAGGGCGAGCGAGGCUUAAAGGGAGCCACCGGCAUCGGCUUCCCUGGCAGGCAGGGCUCGCCCGGAAGAGACGGACCCCGUGGACCGCAAGGUCCUACAGGCGCGGAGGGUCCCCCGGGUGACAGGGGAGUCUUUGGUGGCAUCGGAAGCACCGGUGACAACGGCGAAGACGGGUUCCCUGGCGAGCGAGGUCAGCAGGGUGAGCGCGGUGAGAAGGGCUUCCCCGGCCGUGCUGGCAGGCCCGGUCUGUUCGGCGCUCGUGGUGAGUUUGGAGAUCCGGGUUUGGACGGUCUCCCUGGAAACCCAGGCCAGAAAGGCAACGCGGGAUUCCCCGGUUUCUCCGGCCGACCCGGUGAGCCCGGACCCCAGGGUCUGCCCGGCAAAGACGGGCUGCCUGGGUUAAUAGGCGAGACUGGAGAUCCAGGACGUACUGGCCAAGUUGGGCUCUUUGGUGAUUUUGGAGAGCCAGGGGACAUUGGUGAGCCGGGAGAGGACGGUGCCGACGGACUGAUAGGACCGCUGGGCCAGGACGGCCGACCAGGAUCGCCAGGCUUUCCGGGCCCCAUUGGGAACCGAGGUUUCUCAGGAAUCACGGGCAUGGUCGGUGACAAGGGCGGAGUGGGCGAGCAGGGUCGGCCGGGUAAUCUCGGUCUCGAUGGUCUGACGGGUGAGAAAGGUUACCGUGGUCUGAGAGGAUUCCGUGGUGUCACUGGAUUUGAGGGUGACCUAGGCUUGAUUGGACGGCCUGGCCCACGCGGUCCGCAAGGGCCCGCUGGACAGAAAGGAGAUUCCGGGGUCCCAGGUACUCCCGGUUUGUUUGGCGAAGUGGGUCCCCCUGGUGAUCCGGGCUCCCGGGGGUCAAAGGGCAUCAAGGGAUCGUCGUUCAAUCCCAAUGAUAUUAAGGAACCGGGCACCGGUGAGAAGGGGGCCAAGGGAGAAAAGGGAGACCAAGGAAGUCGCGGACUCAAUGGACUAAGAGGAACAGUAGGCGACCGAGGACCAAGCGGGGAACCGGGCAACCAAGGCUACGAUGGGUACGAUGGCUUCGAUGGAAUCGCUGGUAUGAGGGGUGAUCCUGGUCUGCCAGGGUUGUUUGGUGUCGAAGGUCUUCCAGGAAUGCCCGGCGAGGACGGAAAUCCUGGCAUCAAAGGACGGCAGGGAUUACCGGGUCCGCAAGGCCCCAAAGGAGUGAUUGGUUUCUCAGGAUUCUCUGGGUUUCCGGGAUCGGCGGGUACUGACGGGCGCCCAGGAGAAAGAGGUCCACGUGGCAACAAAGGUUUCCCCGGCUUGCCCGGCGUUCCAGGCUUUCCCGUCUUCAUCGCCCCAGCAGGAGAACCUGGAGAAGAUGGUCCCCGAGGCCCAGACGGUCCCAAAGGCUUCGUCGGUCAACCGGGCCAGCCAGGUUUCCCAGGGUUCAGCGGUCUCAAGGGACCCAAGGGAGAGCCUGGACUAACCGGCCUGGGCAGUCCGCCCGUACUCGGCCCGCCUGGAGCCAAAGGAAUCCAAGGACCAACGGGUGUUCCAGGACUCAAGGGCAGAGUUGGAGAUAUUGGAUUCCCAGGUCCAGUUGGAGAGCUUGGUCCCUUUGGUUUGAAGGGCUACCCAGGCUACCCAGGAAGGCAGGGCAGGCCAGGUCUGCCUGGAUUCAAUGGCCCCAAAGGUCAGCCUGGUGAUCAACCAGACGCCCAGAAAGGGGUCAAAGGUGACAGUGGUGACCCAGGACCCUUUGGUAUCCGUGGACGACCUGGAAGGCCUGGCUUCGCCGGAGUGGAUGGAUCCGUCGGUUUAAAAGGCAUGAAGGGGGAUUUCGGUGAUCCUGGUGAGCCUGGUAGCAUAGGGCCCAAGGGUCAGUUCGGGCCGCAGGGCCUGCGAGGUGACUUCGGCGACCCGGGACCACAAGGCUUCAAGGGCGGUAAGGGUGUGGGUGGUGAGGAGGGUUCGCCAGGGCCACCGCCGCGACCCCAGGGCUUCAUCGUGGUGAAGCACAGCCAGUCCAGGAACAUCCCGCGGUGCGACGUGGGCAUGACCCAGCUUUGGACAGGCUACAGCCUGCUGUAUACUGAAGGCAAUGAGAAAGCGCAGCAUCAGGAUCUUGGUCUGGCUGGCUCCUGCCUGCCCAGAUUCAGCACAAUGCCCUACGUCUUCUGCAACUUCAACGAGAUCUGCAACUUUGCCCAGCGUAACGACAAGUCCUACUGGCUGGCCACGUCCGAGGCCAUCCCCAUGAUGCCCGUGGAAGGCAACGGCAUCAGGCCGUACAUCAGCCGCUGUGCUGUCUGCGAGACCCCCACGCAGGUCAUCGCUGUGCACAGCCAGGACACCACGCUGCCCGACUGCCCGCGCAACUGGCGCUCACUGUGGAUCGGGUUCAGCUUCGCUAUGUACACAUCGGCCGGUGCGGACGGAGGUGGCUCCGCCCUGGCUAGCCCCGGCUCCUGCCUGGAAGACUUCCGGGCCACGCCCUUCAUCGAGUGCAACGGGCGGGGUCGCUGCUUCUUCUACCGCAACACCUACAGCUUCUGGCUGACCACGGUGGACGCCGAUGCCAUGUUCAGACCGCAGGAGUCGCAGACGCUUAAGGCCGGCUCGCUCCGCUCCCGUGUCAGUCGCUGUCAAGUCUGCCAAAAGAUCCUCUAGAUAAUAUUUUUUUCCCUUUUUUUUUUUAAUAUCUAUAAGUUUUAGCUUUUUCCAAUUUCAAAGAAGAGAUAGAACCCUUCGAACAACAGUCUCAGUUUUGUUUUAAAAAAUGUGUAUUUUAUUGACUCGUUGCAAAUUACGGUCUGCCAAUUCCCACAAAUUUGAAGACAAUUUAUUUUUAGGUAAUAAGAAGAAUCUGCUUUAAAUGUAUAAUAUUCUUAAUCUGUUUGGCCCAACUAAUUUGUUUUUAGUAUUAAAGAGAAAUGCCUCAUUGUUUUUAAGACAAAAAUGUAAAAUAUAAACCUUCCUUUCUGAUAUGAAUUUAGCAUCAAAGCCAAUGUGGUCACAGGUACCACUACAAGUGGUAUAUUACUCCAAAUGUUACAUAUUUCAUGAACAUUUACGUCAAGAAGCCAAUUUAAUGAAUGACAAGGAAGAGGCUUAUCUUGUUUUUAUUGUUCCCUGAAUUAAAUCAAAAUGAACAAAGACAAAAUUUUUCCGACUUCUUAAAAAUUCAACAAGAUGACUUUCAUUCAUGAUGGUGCUAGCCGAUUUGUUUUAGAUGUAAAUGCAUGUUUUGUAUAAUAUAUAUUUGUGGGGUGUUUUCUUUUCUCAGAUAAUAAAUUUGUAAACAAUCAACUCAUUUGUAAUCAUGGUGCUUUUUUGUAUCUAGUGUUUUUAUUUUUUAAAUUGUCUCACACUGGUUAGUUUUAGAUUUGUUUAUAGACACACACUUAAUUAGAUGAGAUUUCUAGAUACGAAAUAUGCUGCAGUUGUUUUGUGAUUUCAGUACAAAACUCCCAUGGUAAUUUUAUGUGGUUGUAAAGAUGUUAGCUAACAAUCAUUAUAUCAACAACUGUCAUUACUGACCCAGAAUAUUAUAUUCUAGAAUAUUUUCUUCUUUCAAAACUUUGAAUGAAUCAUGGCUUA